AGAAAAUCUUCUUCCAUAAAGAGAAAGAUGGGGUUUCCUUUGCAUUUGGGGAAUGCAAUAUAUACCAUCUUAUAAUUCCAAAACCAAGCUGCUACCCACCCAUCUGUUGCUGGGCUCUGUUUCCAUCUUCAGCCAAAAGGGUUUGAAGCCAAACAAACACCAACAUGGCAGAUAAAAAGAUGUCUUCAAGUCGCAAGCAUCAUAUAAAGAGUUUGAUGCUCUCCAUCGCUAAAGGUUUGCUGGAGGAGGAGGAGAGGGAGCGAGAGGAGGAGAGGGGGAGGUACAUGGCUGAGAACUGCCCAUCUCUGUCCAUGCCUCGGAACAUGCAGGAGCUGCAGGAGCUGUGCAGGGAGAUCCACCACAAAAUUGACGUGAUCGAUGAAGAGAGAUAUGACCUGGAAAUGAAAGUCAACAAGGCCAACAAGGAGAUCGACGACCUGAAGAUCAAAGUUCAGGAUCUGAUGGGCAAAUUCAAGAAGCCCGUCCUGAGGAAAGUGCGUAUGUCUGCUGAUGCCAUGCUGAAGGCUCUGCUGGGCUCCAAACAUACAGUCAACAUGGACCUGAGGGCCAACCUGAAGCAGGUCAAGAAAGAGGUGAAAGAGGAGGACAAAGAACUGCGUGACGUUGGGGACUGGCGUAAAAACAUCGAAGACAAAUCUGGUAUGGAUGGCAGAAAGAAGAUGUUUGAGGCCGAGGCUUAACAAACCUGCAGUUUUUAUAGUUUCUGUCUUUCAUUGACUGCACUGGGUCAAGCUACCAGUCAGACAGCACAAAUGCUUUUUUGAAACAAUAUAUAUGCUGUGAAAAGUAACUAAAAGUAAAUAAAAAAGCAACACCUACUCAAGGAGCUUUUUCCUUAUUUUUCACACGUUUGUGGUUCACAUACUGUAUCAAAACAUACAACUGCAAUACCACCAGGUAUCAAAAAAUUAACAUUAUAUUUUUUUACAAAGUUUUAGAGAGAGUCUGACCUUUUCCCAUUUUAAUUACUCAUGGUCGAAAUGAAAAUGUUUUAAUCCAAGUCAUGCAUUUCAGGAGUGGUCAGUUUCUUUACCUGGAAAAAAACAUAUUGAUACUAGUAAAAUAAGCUAAAUGCAUUGGAAUAGUGAUUAAUAAUUAUAUUGAUGGGACCAGUUACGAAUUCAUGUGUAACUGUAAAGGAAUAAUGACAAGCAUUGAAGGGGCAACUCAUACCAUGUGCACGCUGUGUAUAUACCCCAAUUCGUGAAUGCUAACAUUAAAAAAAAUUGUAAUAAUGUAAUUGCAUAAUGACAUCAUCCUAACUAAUCGUCUAAUAUUCCUGUUGGGGGAAUUUUGGGUGUUAGGAUAGCAAAUUGGAUAGCAGAAAUAAAAGCCAUUAGAAAUUUAUGAAAUAUAACAUACAUAAAAUAAUUUAUUUUUGUUCCUUGGAAUUACUUCCUUGGUUUUUCAGACUGUGUAUGUGAUCUAAUACUCAUCCUUCUUCUCUUCAGUUGGAAUCGGACCUUUGCAUUUCACAUCAACUGUUUUGAUCGCUCCUCUGUGGAUCAUUAUAACAAUAAAAUCACUCCAACACA